CAGCUUGCCCCGCGGCAAGAUGGCGGCCUGAAGGCUCCGGGCAGCGGCGGAAAAUCAGCCUUUUCCACAGCUCUUAAAAAGCAACAUCUGCCCCAGUUUCAGCUGAAGAUUCAAGGGGCCCUAGGGACUGGAAGAAAAAAAAAAAAUCACACAGUGCCUGCUUGGAAAGAAGAGACUUAACCCCAGCCCAACCCCAGAGCGGCUCCGGCGUUGGGCUGCUCACACACCAAGCUGUCUGUUUAUAUGGAGUGCCUGGAGGGCGUCUGCCGGGAGCCUGUCGCUAACCACACUAACCCGGAGCGCUGGUUGCUUGGGGAGAAGACACUAACCCUAAGCUCUUGGCUAGAGGAAGUGGAGGGGGCUGUGGGAUGCGGAGAGCUGAGGGCUAACUCCCGGACAGCGGAACAGAGAAAGCUGCCGACAAAGAGACGGUGGAGGAACCUCCCAGAAUGACCAGUGCAGCCCCUGCUAAGAAGCCGUACCGUAAGGCACCACCCGAACAUCGGGAGCUGCGGCUGGAAAUUCCUACAUCCCGGCUUCAACAAGAGGAAGCCCUGACUGACGCGGAGAGGAUGAAACUUUUGCAGCAGGAAAAUGAAGAGCUUCGCCGGCGCCUAGCCUUGGCCACCAGGCGCACUGAGGCCCUGGAGCGGGAGCUGGAAAUUGGGCAGGACUGUCUGGAGCUGGAGCUAGGCCAGAGCCGCGAGGAGCUGGACAAGUUUAAGGACAAAUUCCGCAGGCUGCAGAACAGCUACACAGCUUCGCAGCGGACGAACCAGGAGCUUGAGGACAAGCUGCACACACUGGCCUCUCUUAGCCACAGCUGGAUUUUUGCAAUCAAGAAGGCCGAAAUGGAUAGGAAGACGCUGGACUGGGAGAUUGUGGAGCUGACCAACAAGCUGCUGGAUGCCAAAAACACCAUCAACAAACUGGAGGAGCUCAAUGAGCGGUAUCGGCUGGACUGUAACCUGGCUGUGCAGCUCCUCAAGUGCAACAAGUCCCAUUUCCGGAACCACAAGUUCGCUGACCUGCCUUGUGAGCUACAGGACAUGGUUCAGAAACACCUACACAGUGGUCAGGAGGCUGCCAGCCCAGGCCCUGCUCCCAGCCUGGCUCCAGGGGCUGUAGUGCCCACUUCCAUCAUUGCAAGGGUAUUGGAGAAGCCAGAGUCUCUCCUGCUCAAUUCAGCCCAGUCAGGCAGUGCUGGGCGCCCCUUGGCUGAGGAUGUUUUUGUGCAUGUGGACAUGAGUGGGGGUGCGCCAGGUGACUCCACCAGCCCCUCAGCCCCUGGCAGUCCCUCUUCACAACCCAAUGGAGAAUGCAAUUCUUUGGGUACUGUGGGGGGCUCCCCAGAGGAGGAACUACCCCUGCCGGCCUUUGAGAAACUGAGCCCGUACCCUACUCCAUCUCCACCACACCCACUGUAUCCUGGCCGCAAGGUAAUUGAGUUCUCUGAGGAUAAGGUUCGGAUCCCUCGCAACAGCCCCUUGCCCAACUGCACUUAUGCCACCCGCCAGGCCAUCUCUCUGAGCCUGGUGGAAGAGGGGAGUGAGAGGGCUCGUCCCAGCCCAGUGCCUAGUUCUCCUGCCUCGGCCCAGGGCUCACCCCACCACCAGCCUAGCCCAGCCCCUCCAGCCCCCAGCGCCCCUGCCAGCUCCGCGAGCUCCGAGGAGGACCUGCUGGCCAGCUGGCAGCGGGCAUUUGUGGACCGCACGCCGCCCCCCGCCGCCAUGGCGCAGCGCACGGCCUUCGGGCGCGACGCGCUGCCGGAGCUGCAGCGCCAUUUUGCACGCAGCCCCGCCGACGCGGAGGAGGCUGUGCCCGCGGACGAGCGCGGACUUCUGCUGCCAACAGACCCUGACUCGGGCUUGCCCAGGGAAGAUGAAGACGAAUCUCUGAACCUGCCUGUCAGCCCCGAGGAAGAGCGGCAGAGCCUGCUGCCUAGUGACGGGGCUUCCCAUGCUGAGGGCAGCGCCUGGCCCCUCCCCACCGCCGCCCGCCCCCAGCGCAGCCCCAAGAGGAUGGGGGUGCACCACCUGCACCGGAAGGACAGCCUAACGCAGGCCCAGGAGCAGGGUGCCCUGCUCAGUUAGGCCCCCUUGCCUUGCUGCUGCCACAGCUGUGUUCCCAUGUUAACGACAGGCCACACUGGGCCUUUCAGCUGCAUUGACUCUGACUGGUGCCAGCUUGCCUCAUUCAAGAUUUUUCCAUUUCCUCUUGGAACAUGUGUUCUCCAAAGGUAACAUGUCUCAAGCCCCUUUCCCUAGUCAGCCCAGCCCAGGUUGGGCUGUUACAGGGAGUUGAGGGGCUUAUCAGUGUUCACCCACCAUCCUGUUGUAUUCAGGAGCUUCGGUUGUUUAGGGGAGGGUGUCAUUGGGACAGUUCACCUCUGGUUUCCCUUUUCCGCUUGUUUCUCUGUAUGAGCUGCUGCCCUCAGGGGUCUGGCCCAGCAGGCCCCAGGGAUGAGGGGGUAGACUGACUCAGGGCUCCCCUCAGCUGUUUCUACCCUCCCUCUGGAAGGGAAGGUGGACUUAAGAGCCUUGGCCAGUUUCUGGGUGAGGCCUGGCUUCCUCUUAACCUUGGCUCUAGACUGUUACUCCCAGCUUUGGGGAAUUUUCACAUUGAUGACUUUUAAAAAUCAAAUAAAACUUAUUUUAUUGGAAUGGCCUAAUUUA